UGUUUUACAAUUUAUUUGUUACUCGACUGAAGUCGAGUAUGAGUUUCUUAUGGAGGACGGAACGUUCUACAAUGAAUGCAAGGACUUGCCGGGGGCUCUACCUAUGGAAGGCUUGUUUGACAUGACCAAUCUAAACCUUUCCUUGGUCGAAGACGGUAUUCAGUUUUCCGGAAACAUGACAUCUGUGUGGCACGGACUUGACCCAUCGGAUCGCAUUCAGAUGACGGGAAGCGUGCAAUACUUUGAUCGUGGUACCUGGGUUCCAACAAUACUAAAUAUGCUGGUUUACGAUCUCUGCAAAAUCCUGUACGAUGAUAAGCAGCUGUGGUACAAGUCGUGGUCCUCACAUAUAGUAAAUCGAAGGGAAAUAGAGAAAGAAUGCUUAAUGCCUGGUACUGUUUUCAUUUUAGAAACAUAUACGGCAAACUUCAGAUUUGGAAGUGGCAUAUACCUAAAGCCUGGGCGCUAUUCGAUUCGGGUUCAGAAUACGGCCUACGACAAGUUCGACAUAAAGCGUCCAAAUGAAAUUUGCUACGAAAUAAGGGGCGAAUUUUUUAAGGUCUAAAUACAUUGCUUGACAUCAAAAGAAAAAGAAAUUUGGGAAGAAUCUGUGGUUUUGAAGCGAAGA